AAGCAGUUAAAACAUCAUCAUUAGAAGAAAACCACUGCUCAUGAAUGAAGGCAAAGUUUGGCAAGAUGCCAGAAUAGACUGAGAAAGGGAGGGGGGUGGUGGUGCUAACUGACUUUUAUACCACAAACGACUUUAAAAAUUAAGAGAUAAUUCCUUGUCCUGAGGUUAUAAACCGGCUGCAACUGGUUUUUCUCUCCCCCCCCUGCCCUUGCUAGGCAUCAUGGGUAAAAGUAAGCAUCCCCCUGUUCCUUUUGUUUAAUAUAACAGUACAGCAUGUGAUUGGCAGGGCAGUGCCCGCUUGGAGACCGGGUUCGUUCAGGUCUCUCAAGGGGGCUGGCAUGCAUGGGGCUACACUAGUGCUACAGAGAGGGUUCCUUGUACAAAAGAAAAGAGGGGGGAAGGACCCCCCCCUCCAAUAAACCAAACUCAUCUCUUUCCUCUCCCUACUCUUUUUUUUUUUUUGUUGGUAUUCCCCUUUCUUGUUUCUCAAUUUUUCUGACAACUAGAGGAGUCGGCAGGAAAAUAUGUACCUGUAAGUACUUUCGACUGUCCGUUUAUUCUUUUCUUUUCUUUUUAAAAAUAAAAAGCAGAAAAUGAAAUCUCUAGUUAACUCACAGCCCUUUUCUUGCCAUUAGUAUCGAGUAAUGUUGAGGUCUCUGAAUGGAGAUCAAGGAAUUAACACUAUUGCUUUUGAAAAUUUUCUGGCGGACUGAUUUGCUUCCUCUACAAAGCUCUUCUCUUUGGUUCAGCUCCUUGCCCCUCCCGGCCUCCCCAUUCAGUGUUCUGGUGGGGGUCUCUAGUUCCCAGACUUCCUUAAGCUGAAGCUUCAAGAGAAGACUGAAACUGAGGAUUUUUUUUUUUUAAUAUAUUUCUUUUGUCUGUAGCAAUGAUGGGUUUUAGCUCCCCCUCAUCCUCCUCCCCUUUUCUUUCUAUGUCAGCUCCAACCCCUCUCCGUGAAUGGAGUCAACCAGCUGACGAGGGUGAGUGCUGGCAUGGUGCCAGGGGCUGCAAAAAAAAAAAAAAAAAAAAAAAAAAAAAAAAAAGCUAUGUGUAUGCGCGUGUGUAAGUGUAUACAGAGCACAAAGGGAAAGGCCUGCAGUCUAGGAAAUCACAGGCUAUUAUAUAAGGAAGUCUGCGUCAUCUCUGCUUGCUUGGGCUCUUGGUCGAGGGGGGAGGGAGUUGGUUUGGAGCAUGAAAAACACUUUUUGCACCCCCUCCUUUCUGUCUCUUCUUUUAAAAAAAAAAAAAAUUCCAAGUACAAGUAGUGUUGAAGAUGGCUUCUCUGACUGGUUAUGUUCUCAGUAGAAGUUAUUGGGGGUGGGGGGCGCUUAGGAGAGGGGGAGGUACAGGCAGCAUGGCUUUUGAGUCUCUUCUUCCUGUUGUGUUCUGAGGUUAUAUGUGCUCUGAAAAGAAGGCAGUGCCCCAAGGAGAAUGCCUCCCGGAUUUAACAGCUGUAAUUCAUUAAGGAGGCUUUUUAUUAUUUUAAUAGCAAACUGUUUCUAAUAAUUUAGUAUUGUCAAAGCAAGAAGGAAAAAACUCUUAAGGAGAGGCAAAAUAACAGAUAAUAGAGCAAAUAGUAUCUAUAGUUGUUCCCUCUUAAACCCCUCCCCCCCUUUUUGUUCUGUUGGGUAUGGAUAUAUAGAAUUGCAUUUUUUCUCUAUGCCAUCUGCUCUACAGAGUUAGAUUUGUACAAAAGGAAAUUCAAAUAACACAUGGCAGGGGAAAAAAAAAUCAGAGGUUCUGAGCUUCUAGGCAUUAGAUCUGCUAUAUUUUGGGAUUCUUGUUGGGCUGGUCAUGCUUGUCCUUAAAACACUAAAAGCAUUUUCUGUUGCACCAUGGUUAAGAGUUAUUUUGCAUCAGCAUCCUAUUUCAUUUGGAAAUUAUAAUUCUACUCAAUUUACCAUGAUGCCUUUUUUCUUCACUUCUCUUUAUUUCCUAGAUGGAUAUAUGUGGAGUUUGUCGGGUGGAAAUGAGAAUUAAAGCGUGUUAAUGAAUAGAGGGGUCGUAACAUUACAGUUGGCUUUAUGAUGGACAGAAUGACAGAAGAUGCCCUUCGCCUGAAUCUGCUGAAGCGAAGCCUGGACCAGGCAGAUGAACGUGAUGAUGUCCUGGCAAAAAGACUCAAGAUGGAAGGACAUGAAGCCAUGGAGCGAUUAAAAAUGUUAGCACUGCUCAAAAGGAAGGACCUGGCAGGCAUUGAGAUGCCCCAUGAGUUACCUACCAAACAGGAUGGUGGUGGCGGUGGUGGCAAGGGCUAUGAGGAGAAACUUAAUGGGAAUCUGAGGCCGCAUGGGGAUAAUAGGACUGCUGGACGGCCAGGCAAGGAGAACAUCAAUGAUGAGCCUGUGGACAUGAGUGCUAGGAGAAGUGAGCCAGACCGGGGACGACUGACUCCCUCCCCUGACAUCAUCGUCCUUUCCGACAAUGAGGCCUCCAGUCCUCGUUCCAGUUCCCGCAUGGAAGAGAGACUGAAAGCAGCCAACUUGGAGAUGUUUAAGGGAAAAGGUAUUGAAGAACGGCAACAGCUUAUUAAGCAGCUGAGGGAUGAGCUACGUCUAGAGGAAGCCAGAUUGGUCCUGUUGAAGAAACUAAGGCAGAGUCAGCUACAGAAAGAGAAUGUGGUUCAGAAGACUCCAGUUGUACAAAAUGCAGCAUCAAUUGUCCAGCCAUCUCCUGCCCAUGUAGGACAGCAGGGACUGUCCAAGCUCCCUUCCAGGCCUGGUGCUCAGGGGGUGGAGCCCCAAAAUCUGAGAACAUUGCAGGGUCAUAGUGUCAUCCGCUCAGCCACCAACACAACCCUUCCACACAUGCUGAUGUCACAGCGAGUUAUUGCACCAAACCCUGCCCAACUGCAGGGCCAGCGAGGGCCACCCAAACCUGGCCUCGUACGUACCACCACACCCAACAUGAACCCUGCCAUCAAUUACCAACCGCAGUCAAGUUCUUCUGUCCCUUGCCAGCGCACAACAUCCUCUGCCAUCUAUAUGAACCUUGCCUCUCACAUCCAGCCAGGGACUGUUAACAGAGUGUCUUCACCACUCCCCAGCCCUAGCGCCAUGACUGAUGCAGCCAAUUCACAGGCAGCAGCUAAGUUGGCCCUUCGUAAGCAGCUGGAAAAAACACUGCUGGAGAUCCCACCCCCUAAGCCUCCUGCUCCUCUGCUCCACUUCCUACCCAGUGCAGCCAACAGCGAAUUCAUCUACAUGGUGGGCUUGGAGGAGGUGGUACAGAGUGUCAUUGACAGCCAAGGCAAAGGUUGUGCCUCACUUCUUCGGGUGGAGCCAUUUGUAUGUGCUCAGUGUCGCACAGACUUUACCCCUCACUGGAAGCAAGAGAAAAAUGGCAAGAUUUUGUGUGAGCAGUGCAUGACCUCCAACCAGAAGAAGGCCCUAAAAGCCGAGCAUACUAACCGGUUGAAGAAUGCCUUUGUCAAAGCCCUACAGCAGGAACAAGAAAUUGAGCAGCGACUACAACAGCAGGCAGCCCUCUCCCCUACUACGGCUCCAGCUGUGUCCAGUGUCAGUAAGCAAGAGACCAUCAUGAGACAUCAUACGCUCCGGCAGGCUCCACAGCCCCAGAGCACUCUCCAGCGUGGCAUCCCCACAUCUGCCCGCUCCAUGCUUUCCAAUUUUGCACAGGCACCCCAGCUGUCUGUGGCAGGAGGCCUCCUUGGCAUGCCAGGUGUUAAUAUUGCUUACUUGAACACUGGCAUCGGGGGACACAAAGCACCCAGCCUGGCAGACCGACAGCGGGAGUACCUUUUAGACAUGAUUCCCCCCCGGUCUAUAUCGCAGUCCAUCAGUGGACAGAAAUAACGCCUAUUCCACCUGCCCUGCCCCAACCCUGAACCCUCUGUUCCCUCCCUCUCUCCUUUUGCCCCCAACUUCCGUCGCAUGCAGUGCCUGUACUGGUGCCUACCAUACACGGAAAACAAAACAAAACAAAAAAAAAAAAAAAACAGAAGACAAAAAAAAGAAACCAACAAGAAAACACAUACUCAUGCCCCUCCCUGCCACCUCCCCCUUUUCCACACUGCAGCGAUCUGUUCCUCUGCCACUCUUUUCUUCUCUCUUCAGUUUUCUAUGAUAGUGAGAGGUGGACCUGCACCCCACUAGAGAGGUCAGAGUGAGGUCCCAGGGAGAAUCUGUGCCCUCUGACAUAUGUUUCUGAAGCUUGUUUUUAUGCUAUAAUUAUUAUUAUUUUUAAUGAUGUCUUGUGUCCUCCCUUUUUGUUCAAUGGACGGUUAAACCUUUUUCUUUUCCUGGUUUUUUUCCCCCAUCUUUUUUUUUUUUUUUUAAACAAAGAUAUCCUCUUAAGUGAUAGGAGCAUUGCAGUGGUUUUCUUCAUGGGGGGGGGGGGAGGAGGGGAGGGAGGCUCCAGCCAAAAGGCAUGAGGUGACUAAGGCUGGUUAGGGGGUGAAUACAUUUAAUCAGUGGAGUUUAGUGGCAACACAAGAUGAAGAAUGGCAUCCCCAGGCUCUGAGGCAUAGGAUUUCUUAGGGGAAAGGAGAACAGUGUAGCUGGGCUUUGGGAAUAAGGGUCAGGUGCUUUAGAAGGGAGAAGCUUUAAAAUGCAGUACCCAUAGAACUUACCCUUGGUAUCAUCGAGGGUGGGAGAGCAUGGGCAUGAUUUUGAACUAAAGAGGACUGUUAGUAGGUCCUGGCCCCUGAACAACAAGAAUCAGGAGUGAAGGUAGUAAUUUUUGGCUCCAUUGGAAAGAUGGGAGUCUACUUGAGGUUAGGUGGCCCAACUUCAGCGUGGCAGGUUUAGUAAAGUCAUCCUAAUCUGUCCCUUCUGACUGUAGCACCAGCUACACUAUCAAUGAAAGGCAUCAUCUGACCCCCAAGCAGAAUUUGAUUGGGGGACCUGGAAGUUGGAAUGGGAGUGAGUAAAUUGGGAAAGGGGAGGAAUAGUUGUGGAGGAAGGAAGAACAGAAGGGGUUUUCUCCAUGAAGGUAAAGUUGGUUAACAUUUGCAGUCUGGCUUCUCUCCCUUUUGCCUCCUGUAUAUGGAGGAGAAGGGAAUGAAAGGAAAGGUUUCCUACCUAGGUGGGAGCUCCAUCCUGACCAUACCCUUGGCAAAUUUGUUAUUGCACCAAGCCAAAUGUCUCACUUCAAAACCGGCUUCAGAGGCUGCUUCUGAGAUCUAAAGUUGGUUUUUAAAGUAUUUUCAGAAUUAUAUUAGUUUUAUUUUUGUUUUUGUUUUGUUUGGGAAUUACUACUAAUGUAGAAAAUGAAUUGAAUUGUGCAAUGUCAUUCUGGGAAUGGGGGGAGGAAAUUAGCACCCAGUCUGCUUACCUUUUGGAUUGAGGGGGAUAGGGAAGGUGCCAGGUUUUCUUUGAGGCGUGCAGCCCUCAAACACACACCCUUCUAGCGCCAAUAAACUGCCAGAGGUCCCCUAAAUAGAGCAUGCCCAAAAGAAAGGCACGGGGAAGGAGUGUGAGAUCCUGACCCUGUUCCCAAAACCAGCCAGGAAGCCCCCCACCCGAAAAAAAAAAAAAAAGGCACUUUUAAAAACUAAUGAAAGAAAGAAAAAACUACACAUUCUCCCAAAAGGCUUUUGGUGUUCAGAAUAGGGAUAAAGGAGUUGGGUCCAGGCUUUGAUCUUCUAUCCACUCCUGACAACCCUGUGCCAUUUCGGGUGAUUGUACUGGCCCCACGGGCCUUCCCCAAUUUUUUUUCUUCCUCCUCCCCAAAAUCCAUUGAGCACUUAAUAGAGGGGCAAAGAUACAGCAUGUGUCUGGACUCCCUGGUGGUGAAAGGAUCUGGAAGCUAGAAGCUAGUAACCGGUAGCGAUGGGGUUGUUGUUGCGAGUGUUGUCUGAUGGGGUGUGUGGUGCCCCCUGACUGUAAAUGGGGUGGGGGUGGGGGGAAUAGUAUUGGGUGGGUUCUGGGAUUAUUUUAAAAUUCUAUAUAUAUAUAUAAAUAUAUAUUCUUACAUCUUUUCUUUGCUCUCUGUGCUUUGAAAGCACUGGAUGAAUAGUUUGGUUUUGUUUUUCUCUCUCUUCCUCAAAAUUGGAAGGUUUUUUUUUUUUUUUGUUUUUAUUUUUUUAAUGUUUUUCUUAUGUCAUCUUGCCAUGUGGCAUGUCUCUCUAGCCUCUCCUUCCCCUCUCCACCUUCUAUCCCAACACAAACACAUGAUAAAGUGCCAUUUCUGUCAUGUAUCCAGCUUCCCCUGCCCAAAGGUACAAGGUGCCCAGGUGUGUCAUUUGAGAUUAAAAGUAAGGAAAAAAAGAAUGUGCAAUACCAUGUGGCUGGUGGUAGUCCCAGCCUUGAGUUUAAAUCCCUACCCUAGGAACCAGCUACCACUGUAUUGGCCUUGGAAAUGGGUGUAUAAGGUGAUUUUUGCAUGAAGGCAGACCUGUAGUUCUAGUACCUAUUUCCAGGGAGAGGGAAAUUACGUGAUGUGGUGGAGGGAGAAAUGCAGCAUGUCUUCCCUACUUUCCUCUUCUUUCUUCUUCAAGAUCAAGCUACAGAUGCUGCUUGUUGAUAAAGAGAUCUGUGAUCCUUUGCUUGUUAGCUGAGGUUUUGUUCUUGUUCCACUAGUCCCUACUUCCCUCCCUAUCCCCAUUCUUUCAGAGGUUAGUGUUGGGUGGAUUGGCCAAUAUGGUCUUCUGAAUCAUGGUAAAGUGUUAGUCCUCCAUCUCUCUUUUCCCCUUUCUCUUCUCAAAUUCUCCCUUUCAUCACUGAUUCCUUUUGUCUGUACUUUCCCCUUCCAACAUCCCUUAUAUCUGCUCAUAACUCAUCUUCUAACUCCCAAGUAUCUAAGGUCCCUAAUGGCCCUGGUCUAUGUGGACACUGAACUGAGGUCCUUCAGGUAGGAUAUCCUUUAUCUUAAGGAAGGUAGAAAAUACCCAUUAUUCUGGGAGUCUUCCUUCUGGUGCUCAAGGUGGAGGUAGAACGAGGGGUCCACCAGUACUACAUGGCUUCUCCCCACACUAAUCUCCAGAGGUGCUUGAGGAAAACUGGGACCAGCAGGUUAUAGGCAGUACCUGCUCCCUAGAAGCAAGGGGAUGGAUUUAGGGCAAAAGGCCUCCAGUGGAAAGUAAAAAAUGAGAACUGAGGUCCCAUUUUUAUUUUGUCAUUGACCAUAGCAUCCAGUCCCCUACCUGUCCCUGGAAUAAAUAUUUUUUUCCACAUUUUGGAUGUAAUGUAUGGUAGAAAUUUCUCUGUUCUUUUUUCUCUCUCCCCUGCUUUGCUCUUUUAUUCUCUUUUCUUUUCUCUUUUCUUUUUUCUUUUUCUUCCCUGCUAUUUUUCUUGUCUUUUUUUUUUUUUUUUUUUUUAAGAUGCAGAUAAAGUGUUUUCCUGCUUUGGUUUCCUUUCCUUUCCCUUUUUAAAGAAAUUAGCUGUAGAACUGCUUUGUAAAGAUGCUUCUUGAUAUUUUACUUUUAAUCCCUCUUUCCCAUCCUCCCCAAUCCUAAAAGCAUAACCCUUUUCCCUUCCCCAUUCCUACCCUCUCCCCCAAGCCCAGGUUCCCUCUCCCAAUGAGAUCUUCAUUAGCUUAUGAUAUUUGCUGCCGAGAUGUUAUAACAAGGACUCAUUCGUGUAUAUAAGCUAUUUCUUGAUCCAUUUAAAAAGGAAGAAUUGUACAUUGUGUAGAAAAAAAAAAACAUGAAAAAAGUGGAAAAAAAAGCCCUAGCCAUGGAUAUUGUGAAACUGUGUUACGUCAUUUUGUACUGUGCCCGUUUGUGUAUGAUCCGUGCAAAAGGGUUUCUGGGGGUUAGGAGGCAGGGCUGUGGAUGAUGGGGCAAGGGGAUAGGCCAGUUUGGCAGCUGGCUUCCCUGAAUCCCCACCCCGCUUUGGAGAUGCCCCCCCUCCCCCCCAACUGUGCCUUGCCUCCCCACCCUGGAGCUGCCCCUCCAGGUCACCAGCACUGCCUUGGCAGAGCCCUCCCCCCACCCCAGCUGCCCCACCUCCUUUCCCAGCAUUAGGUUGACACUCUGGGGGAAGUGGGGGAUGCUGGGGGACUGGGAGGUAGCUGAGGAACGGAACAGUUCCCAGGGGGCAUUGAAACCAAGUAUUAUGAACUGUAAUUGUAUUUGCACUGUUUUUUUUUUCCUCUGAUUGCAUCAGCCUAUAUACAAUAUACCUACUAUAUAACAAACCACAGUGUCAGAUUUUCUUACACCAGAGAUCUCUCCCACACCCCAUACCCUAAAAAUAUUAUCCAGAGGAAAGAGCUUGGGCUAAUUGUCUUAGAAGGUUGGUAGGGGAGGAAAUGUGGGUUAAGAAGGAAGAAACUCUUUGUGAUUGUCACCCCAAGAAAGUUUCAUAUAAUGUACCACAUUCAGUUGAGCACUAACAUCUGUGAUAAGUAUAAAUUGAGAUGAAGCCUCAACCAAACUGGUAAGCUCAUGACUCUUGCUGGGGUUGGGGAUGGGCGAGGCAGAGUGAAGAGCCCUUCGUAUGAAGGAAGGAUAGGGUGGUGAGAGACAGUCAAGAGAUGAAUUCUACUCGUGAUUUCUGCUGGGUAACUUGGGACAAAAUUAAGACAAGUUUGAAUUACAUAUAUUCUUAAAAUAUAUCUGGCCACUCCCCAACUACCAUCCAUAGAAGGGGAGGGAGGAACGAGUUAGAAUAAGUCAGGGAGGAAGAAUCUGGGGGCAUCCAGUGGUCCCUUCAAGUUGGUAUCUCUUUAGACUGGCAGCAGAAUUAAGUCUAUGGCUAGAAUGGCAAUGAUCUCUUCGAUGUAGGUAUUGAGUGCCCAGUGAGGCAAUAAUCCAUGGUCUUCCCUCCCCCCAAGGCUGUUGGGCUAGCCUUGGACACAGGUGCAAAUGCCCUUACUUUCUAGUCAGACUGGCUGUAGAAGUGUCUCACAUCCUCUACAGUCCCACUGCCUUUGGAGACCACAGGACCUUGGACUCUGACUCCUUGUUAGAGGAGAAUUAGGCACAUCUUUUCUUCCUACUUCACCCCUUAGAUGACCAAGGUUCCUUAUCCCACCCCUAACAUUGCAGACCGAGCCCACCAUCGGCUUCCUCCAAAUUCUUGACUAGAUGAUGUCUGGAGGUAGUGGGUGGGAUAUAUAGGGUGUGUGGGGGGAGUUGAGGGAUUAGGAGAUGCCCUUUCAUGGGGGCAGGCGGGGGGGGGGAGCAAGACCCUUUUGCACAACUCUAAGUUUCCUUAUUUUGCCUCUUCAUUUUUAUUUUCUGCAUUGUGUUUGGGAAAGAAAUAAAAAGACUAAGACCAAUAGAAACUGGUUUUCAAAAGGACAAAUACACCCCCAUCUGUUUCAGAUACUGCCAAGCGCUUCUGCAGUGACAGAUUCAAAUAAUAAGCUAAUUUUUGGAGAAAGGAUUAAAAGAAAAAAAAAACUUUGUAAUAUUUAUCACUUGCAAGCUAUGUUUAAUAAAGAAAGGAAUGGUUUCUAAA